CCUCCACACUUGGGUAAUACUUUAGUUCCAGCAUCCUGCCUCUGCAAAGAAGUAUCGAGCCACAAUGAUUCCUGGAGGCUUGAGCGAGGCCAGACCUGCUACUCCUGAAAUCCAGGAGAUUGCUGAUAAGGUUAAACCACAGCUUGAAGAAAAAACAAAUCAGUCUUACCAAGAAUUCAAAGCUGAAGAGUAUAAAAGUCAAGUGGUUGCCGGAAUAAAUUACUACAUUAAGAUUCGAGUAGAUAAUGGUUGUUAUAUUCACAUAAAAGUAUUCCUACCUCUUUCUGGACAACAUGAAGAUACUUUGGAACUUUCUGGUUACCAGACUGACAAAAGCAAGGAAGAUGAGCUGACUGGCUUUUAAUGGCAUGUUCCAAAAGGGGUCUGAUUCUCUGCUCUGGCUAUCGAUUAAUGAUCCUUGUUAGUAAAUAUAACCAUCAAUAAAGAAGCAUUCCUUUUCAAAUAAA